AAAAGCUAAAGAGCCAAAAAUUAAAAAUUGGCUACAAAUAGCUCACCGGGUUAUUUUUAUUCAUAUAAAAAAAAACCCAUCCCCCACAAAUAAAUACAGGGGUUAGCCGGUCAUUGUAGAUUACUAUAAGGUGUGCUGUAGAUCUGUUCUUUCUCUUCCUUGGAUUUUCGUUCGCUUUUCCUCCGCAGCAUUUCUGUUUUCAAUCCCCAAAACAUCCAUGGCGAAGGAAUGCAAAGUGCGAUUGAAGAGCUCAGAUGAUGAAAUGUUCGAGGUUGACCAGGCUGUGGCAUUUGAAUCUCAGACAAUCAAGAAUAUGAUUGAGGAUACGGGUGCGGAGAGCGCCGUGCCCUUGCCGAAUGUAAGCAGCAAGAUCCUGGCGAAAGUUAUCGAAUAUUGUAAGUAUCAUGUGGAUGCCGCCAAGACCAGUGAAGAGAAGAGCGCCACUUCGGAGGAGGAUGUUAAGGGUUGGGAUCAGGAGUUCGUGAAGGUGGAUCAGGCUACCCUUUUCGAUCUUAUCCUGGCCGCAAACUAUCUGAAUAUAAAGAAUCUUCUGGAUUUAACGUGCCAAACUGUAGCUGACAUGAUCAAGGGCAAAACCCCAGAAGAGAUCCGAAAAACAUUUAAUAUCAAAAAUGACUUCACUCCUGAAGAGGAGGAGGAAGUCAGGCGUGAAAAUCAAUGGGCCUUUGAGUAAAUUUGGAUGUCGCAAGGAAGUUACUUUAUAUAUAAGUUUUGUGGCAUGGGUCUUGGUUUUCUUACCAAGUAUCUUUAUAAUUACUUGUUGUUCUUCAAGACCUUGGAGAUUUGAUUUCCGCUAUUUGCCCGGUCUCCUGGAUUUAAGCUGUAUUAAUUGUAGCUGUUUAAGGUGAUAAGUUGACAAUGUUUUAAGCAAAGACACUAUGGGAUGCUUUAUUUUGAUUGUUUUGUAAAGAUACAUCUCAAAUGUUCCUGUUUUCACAAUUCGAUACAAUUUGCAAUUAUUAGCUGUCAA